CCACAAAUAAUCAAUUAUGACUACUUUCAACAAAUGCGCAAUCUUUCUUUUUCUCUCAAUUUUCCUUUCAUCAUCAUGGGCCAACAACACCCAUGAUGACUUUCUUGAAUGCCUUUCAUCGUCAAAUUCAAUAUCACAAGUCAUCUACACUCCUAAAAAUUUAUCAUAUUCUACCAUUUUGAACUCCUAUUCAAAUAACCUAAGGAUAACCUCCCACUUCAAACCAUCAAUUAUUUUAACUCCUAAUGAUGAAUCUCAAAUCCAGGCAGCUAUACAUUGCUCCAAGAAACAUGACCUAGAAAUUAGAAUUCGAAGCGGUGGACAUGACUAUGAGGGACUUUCAUACAUUUCGGAUACCCCCUUUGUCAUUAUUGAUCUUAUAAACCUAAGAUCAAUCUCCAUUGAUACUCAAAAAAAGACUGCUUGGAUUCAGGCUGGCGCAACCCUAGGGGAAGUUUACUAUAGAAUUGCGGAAAAAAGUAAAAAAUUGGCCUUUGUUUCUGGGGUUAGUCCUGUUGUAGGUGUUGGUGGACACUUUAGUGGUGGGGGCUAUGGCAUGAUGUCACGAAAAUUCGGUAUUGCUGCUGAUAACAUCAUUGAUGCAAAAUUAAUCGAUGCUAAUGGACGAAUCUUGGAUCGAAAAUCAAUGGGUGAGGAUCUCUUUUGGGCUAUUAGAGGAGGUGGAGGGACUAGCUUUGGUCUCAUUAUAUCAUGGAAGGUGAAACUACAAGAUAUUCCAGAAAAGGUGACUGUGUUCAAUGUAGGACGAACAUUGGAACAAAAUGCAACUCAACUUGUUUACAAAUGGCAACAUAUCGCAGACAAAGUUGAUAACAAUCUCCUCCUCAGAAUCUUCUUGAGAGAUAGUGAAUUUCCAUUCGGGGGUGGGCAAAGGAGUAUCUACGCAUUUUUCACUACAAUGUUCGUUGGCGGGGUAGAUGAACUCCUCCACGAAAUGCAAAAGAGGUUCCCGGAACUAGGAUUAAUGAAAGAAGAUUGCAUUGAGAUGAGUUGGAUCGAAUCUAUACUCUUCUUUGCCGGUUUCCCUAGGGGAACAUCACUUGAUGUAUUACUAAAUCGGAAUAAUACUAAUCAAAUAGGAUUCUUCAAAGGGAAAUCAGACUAUGUGCAACGUCCAAUUUCUAUAAAUGGUCUUGAAGGUCUAUGGAAACUACUCAAUCAAUCAGUAGGCGAAAUCUCAGGUGCCGAAUUACAGUUUAGUCCUUACGGAGGAAAGUUGAGUGACAUCUUAGAAUUUGAAACUCCUUUCCCUCAUAGAGAUGGAAAUAUAUUCAUGAUCGAGUAUGCGGUGUAUUGGGGGAGAAUGGAAGAAUCUAAAAGAAACAUAGCUUGGAUUCGAAAUCUUUAUGAAUACAUGGCUAAGUAUGUUUCAAAAUCUCCUAGAGCUGCUUAUUUCAACUAUAGAGAUCUUGAUUUGGGAGUGAACAACAAAGGAAACACAAGCUAUGCACAAGCAAAAAUUUGGGGAGUGAAAUAUUUCAAGAACAACUUUGAUAGACUGGUGAAAGUGAAGACUAAAUUUGAUCCAACAAAUUUCUUUAGGAAUGAACAGAGUAUUCCUCCUCUAUCAUCUGAAGCUUAGCGGUAAUCAAUUUAUAUAUAAUACUAUAGUACUGAAAAAUAAAUGUAGUCUGGAUGCGUUCCAAAGAUUGUGUAAGAUAUAUAUUGUUUGAUUUAUGAACUUUAUUCAAGUAAUAGAUUUUCUAUAUAUGUUAAAAUUCGUGGACUUGUACAUGAGUAUGAGUCAACACUCAGGGGUCGUUUGGUAGCUGGUUGAUUAGAAUUAUGUAAACAUUAGUUAUGUGAGUAUUAGUUAAUCUAUUUUAUCAUGCAUAAGAUAAUAC